CUCUUUUCUUUAGAACCAAACAUUUAUGUAAUUAUAAACACGCCCUUUUAUAGUUGAAUCAAAAGGAGACUUGCACAAAUAGGGUUUCAUCAACACUUUCUGUUUCAAAUUCUAACUCUAACCACAUCGCUACAUUCUUACCGGCACAAACAAACACAUCUGCCUCUCAUGAAUUCACCUCCGGCAAAGUCUCGGAAUUUAAACGGCGCUCCAACGGCGCUGCCAGUCCUCCUCGAUGAACUAAUUUCAGAAAUUCUUUCAUUGCUUCCUGUCAAAACUCUCAUGCAAAUGAAAUGUGUUUGCAAGCUAUGGAAGACCAUAAUCUUCGAUCCCGCCUUUGCCAAAUUGCACCUUCAGCGAUCUCCGCGCAGCACCCACCUCCUACUAAUACAAAAUUGGUCCAAUCCUAACGAGGGCUUGGAUUGCAGUGUCGAACCCUAUCCCGUAACUAAUUUGCUAGAGAUUCCGUUGCGCAUCGGUCGCUUCAGUCCUUUCUAUACAUAUAGGGAUAUCGACGCCAUUCCGGUUGAUCCACACUACCGAUUGAAGAAUCUAAGUUGCUGGCAGAUCGUUGGUUCAUGUAAUGGAUUGCUCUGCUUGCUCGGUGGUUCUUGUGCCACUAAGAAUCACACCACCUGGCUCCGAUUAUGGAACCCAGCUACCAAUACAUUAUCUGAAAAAUUAGCGUAUCUAACUAACUUUUGUUGCAGGUUCGCAUUUGGUUAUGAUAUUUCAACAGACUCUUAUAAGGCAGUGGCUUUCUCUGCCAACAAGGUGAAAGUUUUCAGGUUUGGUGAUAAUGUUUGGAGAAACAUUGAAUGUUUACCCGUUGUUCCUUUUGCCCUUGAGGCUACGCGGCUCAAUUGUCAUCCAUUUGUGUAUAAUGGUGUGUAUGUGAGUGGAGCUAUUAACUGGCUGGCUAUUCGAAAUAAGAUCAAUUAUGAAUGGAAAGAUAUUACCGUAGAUCAAUUUGUGAUUGUCUCGCUUGAUCUAGGUACCGAGACUUACCGGGAAUUGCUGCCACCACAGGGUUUUGUUGAAGUACCACCCGUUCAGCCUUCUGUUACUGUGUUGAUGGACCGUUUAUGCUUUUCUCACCGUACCAAGGGAACUCAUUUUGUUUUAUGGACGAUGAUGGAAUUUGGAGUUCAAGAGUCUUGGACUCAAUUCCUCAAAAUUAGCUUUCAGAAUCUUCGUAUUGAUCAUGGCAUUAGUGACUCGCUGCCAUAUGGUUCUCAAUUGUUCCUACUCCCGUUGAGUUCUUGUGAGAGGAGCAACACACUGAUAAUAGCAACCAAUCAAGAAGGUGAUGUUUUUUCCAAUCAACGGGCAAUUCUCUUUAAUUGGAAACAUAACAGAGUUGAGCAAGUUACAUCUUUCUAUAAUGAUAUAUUGUGGUUUUUUACCAAGGAAUACGUUGAAAGUUUGGUUUCCACUUGUCCUAAGACCACAACAUCAACUUCAAACACAUAUGGCGUUAUUGAUGGUUGAUGGCAGGACCGGAGGAAGGAAUAAAAGAGGCUUAUUGAAUCUUCAGUUUCAUUAGUUUUAGAACUCAUUUUGUAUAAGAGAUUUAUAGUUCUAUUGAUGCCUAUUUUGGACCUCUUUGAAGCAGUUGUAGAAAUUUAUUCCAAAAUAUUUGUGUUGUUUUGCAACUGUACUCCUAUUUGCGUAAUGGCCAAUGGGAAGAAUAUUUGUGAAAGAUACAUAUAUCUUAAAUGUCUACUUUAGCUCAUUCAUUAAA